AUGUCGAGGAAGAAAGCGGUCAAAGGAAAGGGGGGUUCGAAUACACCGAGCUCAUCUCCGAACAGCGAUAAAGAGAAGGAGUCUCUUUGUCGCGGAACAUGUAGUCCCUCUCUCAGCAGCAGCGGGGAAUUCUACGACAUCGCCUUCAAGGUAAUGCUGGUUGGUGACUCUGGGGUGGGGAAAACCUGUCUGCUGGUUCGCUUUAAAGAUGGAGCGUUUCUGGCUGGGAGCUUCAUCUCUACAGUCGGUAUAGACUUCAGGAAUAAGGUGCUGAGCAUUGACGGUGUGAGAGUUAAACUACAGAUCUGGGACACGGCGGGACAGGAGCGAUUCAGGAGUGUGACGCACGCCUACUACCGAGACGCUCACGCUCUUUUGCUGCUGUACGAUGUGACAAAUAAAGCGUCUUUUGACAACAUAAAGGUAAGACUCAUGUGCAUUUAGGGGUCAGUACCCCAUUUGAUAUCGUAAUCUAAUUUUAAGAAUUUCUUUGUAAUAAGGCAGUCCUCUUUUAUUGUCUUUAGAGUGCAUUCAUUUAUCUUAAAGAGCAAUAUUUCUGCAUGUUUGUUGCGUUUUAAUGUCUCCCUGAGGACUAUAAGUCAAGGUUUCUUGCCCCAAAAUCAGGCGUACUUUAGUUUUUCAUACCCAUUUUUC